AUGCCGCAGAGUAGGCCUCGUCGUUAUUUAUCGAUACAAGAUUCUUGUUGCCCCAAAAUAUGAGCAAGGCGUGCUGAAUGUUUGGAGGGAGAGUUUCCCAGCCCCGCCCACAAUCAGCUGUUUUCGUCCCUAGCACGACUUGCACGCACGCCACUUCAAAUCUACCGCGGAGGAAUGUGGUCGUUGUAGUUUUUCCGUCCGAGCUCCCGUAUCAUGUGAUCGAUCACUUAAAUCCCAUGGUGCUUUGCGCGCGCUACCACGAAUCAGACGCCGCGUGGGGACUUGGGAGUUGUAGUCCUGCCUGGAAUUGUCUGUGACUUGUUGGGGGCAGCGCGGGCCUCGGAUUCCCAGAGAGCCGCGCGUCGCGGCCUGAAAUUCGGAAAGGCUGAUUUUGGUGGUGGCAGUGACCGUAGGGAAGGCUCCCUAGCCCGGUAUCAUUCAGCGCUUGAACUUGUCGCUCCUCAGUAUGAGCGCCGCCAACCGGGCCCGGGGCGAGGCCUUCGUGGAGCAGGGACAAUCGGGGGCAAGUAAAGGAUCUGCGUCUUCCGCUGCUGCAUCUGGGGGAGCGGCCGUGCCUGGAGGCUUUAUGAAGAUUGGGAGAGACAAUGGGAAAGUUACAACAGUGGUAGCAACCCCUGGUCAGGGACCGGACCGCCCACAGGAGGUUUCUUAUACAGACAUCAAAGUCAUUGGCAAUGGCUCCUUUGGGGUGGUGUACCAGGCUCGACUAGUGGCCUGUGGAGAAAUGGUGGCUAUCAAGAAGGUUCUGCAAGAUAAAAGAUUCAAGAACCGGGAGCUGCAGAUCAUGCGCAGGCUGGAUCACUGUAACAUCGUGCGCCUGAGAUAUUUCUUCUACUCCAGUGGAGAGAAGAAAGAUGAGGUUUACCUAAACCUGGUCCUGGAUUUUGUCCCGGAGACUGUCUAUCGUGUCGCUCGUCACUUUGCAAAAGCCAAAUCCUCAUUACCGUCCAUUUAUGUGAAGGUAUACCUGUAUCAGCUGUUCCGCAGCUUGGCUUAUAUCCAUUCUCAGGGUGUCUGUCACAGAGACAUAAAACCACAGAACUUGCUGGUGGAUCCAGACACUGCUGUACUUAAACUGUGUGACUUUGGCAGUGCAAAGCAGCUUGUUCGUGGGGAGCCAAAUGUGUCCUAUAUAUGUUCGAGGUAUUACAGAGCCCCAGAGCUCAUUUUUGGAGCCACAGACUACACUGCAAACAUUGACAUCUGGUCAGCAGGUUGUGUCCUUGCAGAGCUGCUACUGGGCCAGCCCAUCUUUCCUGGAGAUAGUGGAGUGGACCAGCUGGUGGAAAUUAUCAAGGUUUUGGGGACUCCCACGCGGGAACAAAUACGAGAGAUGAAUCCAAACUACACAGAGUUCAAAUUCCCACAGAUCAAAGCACAUCCUUGGACAAAGGUCUUUAAACCCCGUACCUGCCCCGAAGCCAUAACAUUGUGCAGCCGGCUACUGGAGUACACGCCAGAUACUCGCCUCUCCCCACUUCAGGCCUGCGCACACUCCUACUUUGAUGAGCUACGUGACCCCAACACACGCCUCCCUAGUGGCCGCGAGUUACCCCCAAUCUUCAACUUCAGCUCUGUAGAGCUCUCCAUUCAGCCUUCGCUGAACUCCAUCCUCAUACCCCCACACCUUCAGUCCUCUCAUUUGCAUGGUGACGUGAGACCUGGAUCAGACAGACUGAAAAGCAGUGAGGUGUCGGAGCUGAAUAGCUCGUGAGGAGCGUGUCCUCCUCCCAUCCCCCCCAUUUAUCUUCAACGGACACUUGACCAAUGUUGCUCCCACCAGAACUUUUAUUUAGUGGCUCCCAACUCUGGGGCUGCUCAGCUGAUGGGGUCGGUGGGGUUGAUGAACACAUUAGGGGACAGUCACAUGACUCACUCCAGGUUACCUACAGCAAUGGAUCCUUGGAAUGUGCGGAGGUUUGGAAUCGAUACUUUGUGACUUUCCCAAACUCUGCUUCACACCCCACAUAACUCCUACCAGUCUGACUGUUCCACUACUCUGAGCGACUCCAUCUGCCCCAGAUACAGGCUUUUCUGACAGCAGCAAUCCAAUGUAGCUUAACUGAAGAUCAUUUGGUAUAUAUGUUGCAUUUAUGAGCCUUUCUCAUUGGGUAGGGAGAGUAUAAUAUGUUUUCCAAUUUAAACUUCUACCAACAGAACCCAUUAGGCCCCAAUAUGUGUAGUUCAGCGAGAGCUUUAGAGCUCCAUUCGCUCUUAUUUUGCUUUAUAAACCAACCGGGUGACUAAAUAAUUCAGUUGUUCACAAAUUCUUUGUGGCUUAAUCUUUGCUUCAAAUGCAAGUGCUGCCUUCUAGAAGCGUAACCUGGAUUCAGUCUUCAGAUAUUGAUAGAGGGGAGUCUUCAUCACUGCAAGGCCUCCAGCUGAAAUCGAUGGCUGUCAUAACUCCCGUCUGACUGUCACCUUCAUAAUGCAAAGCUCCCUAUUGGACAGACAUAGAGCGGUGACAGACAAACUAUAGGCGUUAUAUUGUAUAAUUUACACUUUAGUGCUGCCCCCUAGAAAGCUGCAUUUAGGGUUUUAAAUUUGAACCCUGCUGGGAAGCAUCAUGUGACCCGACUUGGCUUUAUCCUGUCUGAGCCUUGAAUAUGGGACAAAGCUGAGCUUAGUAGGGCAGAGACUGCUGCUCUGGGGUUCACACGACUCCAGCAAUUAUCUUGGGGUCGGCCGUGUCUUCAGCUUUACAGGGGACAUAAAAUGAUAUUACGCAGCUCACUGGGAAAUCUGAAUAAUAUUAUCAGUAGUAGGACUUGAAUGCAGUUCUUUCCCUAUGCCCAGCUGAUUGUAGCCAUCAGAAACUCUCCCGUUUGGAUCUGGUAGUGACCUCAGAUGGGUUAUACCAUUUUUGACAUUCAGAAUAAAUCAAGGGCUUUCACGUAUAACAUAUCUUUCCCUAUAAUUGAGUUGUAUUGUCCUCCUUCACUUCCUGUGAAUCCCAAAGCCUUGUUUUCUGUUUGUUUCACUAGAAGUGAUGGUGGAAUAUCCAGUGCGUAGCCAGUAGUUUGCCCUGCGGCAGCCAUUUUGUUCUGUGUUGCACUUGGGCAGCUGGAGAAUAAUUGGCCAGACAGACACACACUGGCCAGUGGUUAAUCCCUACUAAAUUGUAAUUGUACUUGUAAUUGACUCUCUAAGGAAGUCGGCCUGGAGCUUACUCCAACUUGUAGCCUGGGCGUUGCUUAUGUGAUGUCCGAUGGUCUCAUAGAAAUACUAACGGAGAGGGGACCAGCGAGGUGCACAGAGAAUUGAAAAGUGGGUAGAACCUUAAAUGGAGCGGGCGACUGUCCUGUCAAUACAUAUAAAUGUGCAUCACAUACCCUUAUACCCAAGGAAGGUGUUUUUAACUUAUUUUUUAAAUCCCUUUAAACGCUAUUUUUAAUUACCCCCCAUAUUUUUGGGCAACAAUCUUGUGUUCUCCUGAGCUGUACCAGGAAAUGUCCCUGUUCUUUUGCUAUUGUAUAUUCUAUAUUGUCCCCUAAUAACCAGGAGGGAGAGCCGAUUGUGUUGUAUUCUCAUCUCUCAUAGGGAUGUAACCCUUUCUACCCUACUCUCAAUCACUUUGCAUCCAGGCUCUCUGUCUGGGGUCGGGAGAGUGCUGUCUGUCUGUCACCUCACUGCAGAGCACACGGCCAUUUCUUAUCCCCCCCCCAACAAAAAUAUAUUUAAUUCUCCCCAUUCCCCUUUGCUGGGUCAGGUUUGGAAUUUUGUUUGUAAAUAUAUAUAUUUUAGAUCUUUUUUUUUUUUUUUUUUGGCCUCAUUCUACAAAUUCUUGUAUCUAAGGAAAUGUAGCGAAUGAUUUCUCUGUAAAUAUGUUCAUUUUGUUUUUCUUAAUGAAAAAAUGUUGAGUCCUUGCUGAUUUACCCUUUUUUUUUUUUUUCUUUUUUGUACCCACCUUCCCCUUUUUAACCAUUUUAUUUCUCCGACCCUUCCCUUUUUAUUCCUGUUUUAGAAUCGACAAGUGAAUACUGUAUUGUUAGAAGCAAAAAGAAAAAGAGCCAGGAUGUAGUUUGUUAGGAGCCCGGCCUCUGGCUUCUGGUUUCUGAAUGUGUACAGCAAAUCUUGAAUAAAUUAUUGGCAUGAAGAAGA